AAUGACGCGCCUCGCCGCUCGCCCCCUGCUCCUCCCGCCUGUCAGUGCGCAGUGACUCUGCAGCACUCACCGCGGUAGCUUCGUGCGCUCCGCCCCCGGCACCAUGCCCGGCCGCCCGACCUGAGCAGCCCCGCAGCCGAGCUCCGUCACCCCACCCGGCGGCCAUGGAAGGGGGAGCCGGCUCGGGCGCCAACCCCGGGGGGCAGGAGUCCCCAAACCGGGCCGUUGAGUACCUGCUGGAGCUCAAUAACAUCAUCGAGAGCCAGCAGAAGCUGCUGGAGACCCAGCGGCACCGCAUCGAGGAGCUGGAGGUGCAGCUGGACCGGGUCAGCCAGGAGAACCGGGAGCUGAGGGAGAGCCAGGCCAGCCGGGCAGAGCGAGAGCAGCACCGGCCAGACUACAGGGAGCCAGGCGGGGGAGGGUGCGGGGGCUACGGGCACCACCAGCAUCACCCGCAGCACCCGCACCACCACCACCCGCAGCAUCACCAGGCGGGUUACCCGGCGUACUCCGCACCGACACACCACCACCGGGCCCGGGACCCCUCCCGCUCCAACCGGGCCACCUCCCGCAGCUCCAGCCCCGGACACAGCACUACCAACAGCCCGGCCACCACCCUGCAGAGGAAGUCUGACGGAGAGAACUCCAGGACGGUGAGGUCUUCCUCGUCUCACACUCUCCACCAGUACUGCUGCCCCGCUCAGUCGCAGCUCUGCAUGCAGCUAGCCCCCCCCAUCAGGCACACUGACUGCAGUGUCGAAGGUGGCGACUCUCUUGGCAGCGAAUCUGGAACAAUUGUUGACAGUCCGGGCCAGCAGCCUUCGUACCGUAGUGAGGUGAAAAGCGAUCACUACGACUUGCCAUCACCCACCCGUCACAUCUCUCACCCGGCGCUCCAGUGGAGUCAAAGGGCCAGGUUGCAACCAGCCAGCGUUGCCUUACGCAAGCAGGAAGAAGAAGAAAAUAAAAGAUCUAAAGCCUUGUCUGACAGCUAUGAAUUGUCUACUGACCUACAGGACAAGAAGGUGGAAAUGCUGGAGAGGAAAUAUGGGGGCUAUUUCCUCAGUCGGCGAGCGGCUCGCACCAUCCAGACCGCGUUCAGACAAUAUCGCAUGAAUAAGAACUUUGAACGCCUCCGCAGCUCUGCUUCUGAGAGCCGCAUGUCCCGUCGGAUCAUCCUAUCCAACAUGCGCAUGCAAUACUCCUUUGAGGAGUAUGACAAGAGCCACACCGCCCCGUACUUCCAGGGCAAGCCUGUGUCAUUGGAUGAAGGGGUAGCUGCAUGUCGUGGGCAGGGGGAGCGAGGUCUUCUGUAUGGGGGUUCCUGCAGCGGGAUGGAUGGUGAUUCGAUCAACACCUCGGGGGAGUUUUCCAAUGAGAUCACAGAGCUUGAGGAUUCCUUCUCUAAACAGGUAAAGUCUCUGGCUGAGUCCAUAGAUGAUGCUCUAAGCUGCCGAUCAAUACACUGCACAGAUCCACGAGAUGAAAAGGGAAGUUUGGAAAAAGGAGAAAGCAAAGAGCAACAUGGAGACAGUACUGCCACUUCCUUCAGUGAUGUUACACUUUAUAUGGACGAGGGAGUACCCGUGUCUCCCCUUUCCCUUGACCGACCUCCAAGCUCUGAUCAGGACACUCCACAAGGAACUAGCACCCGGCAGGAGUACUGGGCAACCUCUUCCUCGCGGGAGGACAGUCGGGAGAAUGGCAGUAGGCGGAGCACACCUUGCAUGGAGUGCCGAGACUUUCGUAUGAGAGGGGCUCAUCUUCCAUUGCUCACUAUUGAGCCCCCCAGUGACAGUUCCGUGGACCUGAGUGAUAGGUCGGACAGAGGGUCUCUAAAUAGGCAGGUUGUUUAUGAACAAGAGAACUGCAGCCCACAUGGAACUCUUAAACAAGCACCUCACAAAGCACCUGCUCGGUCCCCACAUCCACAUCGACACUACCAUCCAGAACCUCCACCUCCUGACUCUGGAGGGGGGAAUAAUGGUGCACCGGUGGGAGUUGUGGUUGGAGGUGGCAUGGGAGGGGUGCGGCAUCUCCAUCAUGGUAAACAGGAACUUGGGGAGAACUCUGAUGGUGAUAAUGAAAGUCUGAACAGCACCACUAACUCCAAUGAAACUAUCAACUGCAGCUCGGGCUCCUCUUCCCGUGAUAGUCUCCGGGAGCCACCCAACACGCUGUGCAAACAGACGUACCAGAGGGAAACUAGGCACAGCUGGGACUCUCCUGCUUUCAACAAUGAUGUGGUGCAGAGGAGACAGUACCGCAUCGGUCUGAACCUCUUUAACAAGAAGCCAGAAAAGGGGAUACAGUAUUUAAUCGAGAGGGGAUUCCUAUCCGAUACUCCUGUGGGGGUAGCACAUUUCAUCCUUGAGAGGAAAGGCCUGAGCCGACAGAUGAUUGGAGAGUUCCUGGGAAACCGCCAGAAACAAUUUAAUCGGGAUGUUUUAGACUGUGUGGUGGAUGAAAUGGAUUUCUCAAACAUGGAUCUGGAUGAUGCUCUGCGGAAGUUCCAGGCUCACAUCCGUGUUCAGGGGGAGGCACAGAAAGUGGAAAGGCUCAUUGAAGCUUUCAGUCAGCGUUACUGUGUGUGUAAUCCGGCCCUGGUCCGCCAGUUCCGUAACCCGGACACCAUAUUUAUCCUGGCAUUUGCCAUCAUACUGUUAAACACGGACAUGUACAGCCCAAGCGUGAAAGCCGAGCGCAAGAUGAAAUUAGAUGACUUCAUCAAAAAUCUGCGGGGGGUUGAUAACGGAGAGGACAUUCCCCGGGACUUACUAGUUGGAAUAUAUCAAAGGAUCCAGGGACGAGAGCUAAGAACAAAUGAUGAUCAUGUAUCUCAGGUGCAAGCCGUGGAGAGGAUGAUUGUUGGAAAGAAGCCGGUGCUGUCUCUUCCACACCGACGUCUUGUCUGCUGCUGUCAACUCUACGAGGUCCCAGAUCCAAAUCGUCCACAGAGGAUGGGUCUGCACCAAAGGGAGGUCUUCCUCUUCAAUGAUCUUUUGGUGGUUACAAAGAUUUUCCAGAAGAAGAAGAUUUUAGUGACUUACAGCUUCCGGCAGUCCUUUCCGCUGGUGGACAUGCAGAUGCAGCUCUUCCAGAACUCCUAUUACCAGCAUGGCAUCAAGUUGCUCUCCGCUGCCCCUGGUGGUGAGAGGAAGGUGCUGAUUAUCUUCAACGCUCCAAGCCUACAAGACCGGUUGAGGUUCACCAGCGAUUUACGAGAGUCUAUUGCAGAGGUGCAGGAAAUGGAGAAGUACAGAGUGGAGUCCGAACUUGAGAAGCAGAAAGGUGUAAUGCGGCCAAACACUUCCCCUGGUCCAGGAAUGAAGGAAGCGGUGAAUGGCACUCUAGGCCGGCCCAGUCUGGAUGACACCUAUGCGCUUGGUGAAGGUUUGAAGAGAAGUGCUCUCAGCAGCUCCCUAAGAGAUCUUUCUGAUGUUGGUAAGAGAGGGAGACGUAACAGCGCGGGAUCUCUGGACAGCACUAUUGAAGGGUCUAUCAUUAGCAGCCCUCGUCCUCACCAGCGGCUUCCUGCUGCACCACCGCCGCCCCCGGAGGAGUACAAAACUCCCAGACCAGCAUCCAAUUCUUCCUCUUUCCUGGGCUCUCUGUUUGGAAGCAAGAGAGGAAAGGGCCCCUUCCAGAACUUACCUCCAACCUCAUUGCCGCCCCACCCUCACACUCCGCCAGGAAUUGAUGGACCAUCCAAAAUCCAGGCCCUGCAUGCCCAGUACUGCCACAGUCAGGGAGUACUUGCUCAGCCACCACCUCCAUAUCACUCCCAGCCUCCACCAUCUUCUGCGCCUCCCCAGCAGCAGCACCAGCCUCCCCCGCCGCCAUCUCAUCGCUAUCAUGUGCCGCCAUCUUCGGCUCAGUUUACACUGCAGCGCCCAGGCCAGCAGAAGAGACCACCUGUAGGGGCCCCACCCCUGACCCCAAGCUCUCCGCACCCCCAGUACACCCUGCAUGGCAGGCACACUUCCAACCAGCCGCAGUCCCCCUUACCCAUGUAUGGCUCUGUGCCGCAGCAUGCCAUGACACACACCUAUCCCCAGCACAUGCUUCAGUCCCAACACUCCAUGCAGAAGCAACCACCCAAGCACUUUGUGUUUAGCCAUCACCCUUCUCAAAUGCCUCCCCAGCAACAGCGCCCCCAGCAGGCUCCAUACAGUCAGCAACAUCCCAUGCCGCACAACCAGUCUCCCUGCUCACCCUUAUCACCCAUCCCACCACACCCAUCUUAUCCACCUCUUCCCCCACCAUCUCCACACACUCCUCAUACUCCCCUCACACCACACUCCCCACUCCCUCCAACCUCCCCUCUGCCCCAGCAUGCUUCCCACCAUCCUAUGGGGACAAACACCUCCCAAGGCAACCCCAAACAGAAACCAGUUAACAGAAUCAGUACGGUAGUGUGAGAAGACGGCAGACCCCCAGUGGACAUCGGGGGCAGGCGCACGUACAGUGGGUGCAGAACCUGAAGCGAGGGAACAGCAUGCACGUGGGGAACUGGAUGAAGGGUCCCUGCUGUUCCUUCCCCAUCAGGAGUCCUCGGCGCUUACCAAGACUGAGCCACAACUGGCCAUAUACUCACUCGCUGGAACUCUUUCUGCCACUUUAAGCAGUGACGCACAGAGUCGUCAGUACUGAUAUAUGCAUCACCCUUCCAUAUCCUGCACGGAAGUCUUCUGACGUUGGGUGGUGCCCCUUCCCCCUUCCCCAGGCUCACCCAGCUCUAAGAGCCUGAGAGGACAGUGAACUGAACAUCCAAGAACCAUGUGUGUAGUCUUGGUAGGGAGUGAUGGUGUAGGGAUUGUUAUGCUAUCUUGUGAAUAGGUUACUGCGCCUGUAUGGUGCUUGUAUGUGUCGAGAGAGUAUGCUUGUGUAUUGGAGAGGUCAUUAGACUAAUGGGUCACACCCAACUUUGCUGCUACUGCUAUAGGGGUCAGUGAAUGUGAAGAGUUACGGGCACCUGGCUGUGGUUACAGAAGGAGCAAGCAUCGGCUCUGGAGCAAUGCCACUGCUUCAUGGUUCCUGCGACUUUGAGGCCUGUCCCGUUCCCCCAAACCAGUGCCAUUCCUGCAUUGUGUCAAAAGGAGCUCUCUAUUUUAUGUUCUAAAUGAACUCUCCUAUAAACACUCCCCUGUAUAUGUGUAGUCCCAGGGUACAAACCACUAAAUGAUGCAAGGAUGGGGACCCCCUUUAUCAACAUUAAGAAAAAAAUGUAUAUAGGAAAAAGAGAGACAUUUUGGGCGUUUUCUGUGCCCGACCUUUACCGCACAAUCAUUAAGCAGUCACUGCUUUCUUAUCUAUACUAUAUACAGAGAUUUAUAUAAUCCUUUGUACGAGGUAGUAUGUCUGCUUCAGAUGUUCUUUCAUGUGAAGAUUUUUCCGGAUGUACGGAAGGGUAUCACAAGCACUGCAUUACAUUACCUCAGCAGCACACAACUAAAUCACAUUCACUUAAAAAAUGGACUUGUCAUGUACACAGACAGAAGAGGCCGCCAUUUUGUGAGCUAAACCAUCAUUAAAACUGUAAACUCACUAGGAAUUCGUAACCUCGCUGAGGCAUGAGGCACUUUGUGCCUCAUGAUCCAUUAAUGUAACUAGUUCCUUGUGAACUGAGAAGCAGAACCGUUGGUACAACCCACAAAAUGGCUGCCUCUUCGAUGUAUACAUUACAGGGUCCACUGUAAAUCUUCCAUUCAUACAGUUACUUAUAGCGUAAGCAAGGUAUAGGCAUCUGAAAGACAUUCCUCCUAUCCACACUAUAUGCAAUGGCAUGUAUAGCUCUAUAUGCUAUGGCAUGUAUAUCUCUGCGCUGAAUGGCAAGGCAGAUACCAAUUACUAUAAUCCGCAAACGCUGUGAUCUUCCUACAAGAUCACUAAAUGAUAUUGAACCUGUUACAGGGAUCACUAUCUCUGUUCACCAAAAGCAAUGCAACAAAACGUACAUUGUACUAAAUGUGAUAUAGGGUUUAGUGGAAACCAGAUACAAACUUUUAUUUAUUUUUAUGUCCUCUGCCAUAUGUGAGUUUUAUUAAAUAUAGGAUUUAAAGGCACAAUGUAAUCUUUCUAGACUGCUCCAGAGGUGUGUGCCUACAAUAGGGCACACCAAGGGGGGGGCAGUAAAAUGUUGGGAAUUAAACAUUUACAAUAAAAUACUAAGGUAGUGGCUUUAUAUCAUGUUGAUUAUAUCAAAUAGUGAUUAAAGUAAAAAAAAUUGUCUCUUGUAUUGUA